CUGUGGCGGUAGUUUUUUGAUGCUGGUCAUAUACAUAUCGUCCUAGUCAGGAAUUUGUAGACGGGACCAUUUUACCAAGAUUGAUUGAUUGAAUAUCCGAAAAUGUAUCUAAUGUAUUAUUUGGACGAUAAAGGAAACAGAGUGUACACUUUACAGAAAGUAGACCAUAAUGGAAAUCCUACAAUGUCUGCACAUCCAGCUCGAUUUUCUGUAGAGGACAAAUAUUCAAGAGAAAGGAUUACAAUGAAAAGAAGAUUUGGCCUACUGUUGACCCAGCAACCACAACCUAAUUACUAAUUCAUAUAAUAAAACUCCUUUUCUUUCCGAGUUUAUUUUCUAAUUACUAAUAUUAACCGUGUAAAAUUAAUUUUAUUAGGAAAUAUAAAAUACAAAUGAAAGAAAAUAUUAUGAUGUGGCCUGAUACAACCAAGGAUGAUAAUCUAUAUUUCAGCAAAGAGAUUAUUCAACUUUUACACCCACUACUUCCUUUAAUGAUAAUGAGGAAAAAUCUCUACUCAUACACACAAGAUUAUUCUACAUCAUGAAAUUGCAUCCAGUACCAUUGUUACAACUU